CGCGCCCAGCCGGCGGCAGCUGGAGACCGAGGCGGGCCAGAGCCCUCGCGGGGAGAGAGCGGGCGCAGCCGGAGCGCAGGGGGGAGAAGGCGGCUUCGUGGCUGUCCGGAGAGGAACCAGCAGCCGGCAGCGGCUGGGUCUGGCUGGAGCUGUUCGGCAGCUGCCCCGAGCUGGCAGCGGAUGAUUCAUCAGAGCUCCGUGGCUCUUACGCAAGAGGCGAUUCCAGGCCUUGCUCUAGGGGCAGGGCUUGGGGCUUCGCCGCGCUAUAAAGUGGCUGGGUUGGUGGCCAGCAAGGCAGAGGCAGCUAGGGCAGCAGCUGCGAGCACCGGCGCUCAGCCCGAGCUGGAGCUUUAGCAGAAAUUAGCAUCACUGCAUCCCAGGAGAAGAGAAGCAGCCCAGAAAUCAUUCUAGGGCCCAAUCCAAGCAUCUGGAGAUGUCUCCAAAUACCAUGAGUUCUAACCCUAAUACCACCCUCUGUGCUAUGCUGUCCAACCACACACUGAAUGUGAGACAUUCAUCCAAGUGGAUGGUUACUGCUGUUAUGCUUUUCCUGGCUGUGCCGAGCUUCAGCACCCCUCCCACCUACCCAUGGAAAGACCCUGUGACUAACAACAAAGUGGUAUGCCAUCAGUGCCCUCCGGGAACCUUUGUGGCACAGCACUGCACCAGAGACGCACCCACUGUGUGCUCACCAUGCCCAGAUCUGCACUACACGCAGUACUGGAACUACCUGGAAAAAUGUCGAUACUGCAACGUCAUCUGUGGAGAGCGGCAGGUCGAGCUGCAUCAGUGCAACUCCACCCACAACAGAGUGUGCCAGUGUCGGCACGGCUACUACUUCGAGUCCGAGUUCUGCAUCGAGCAUGCCAAGUGUCCUGCUGGGUCUGGAGUCGUAAAGCUGGGUACUCCCUAUCAGAACACGAAAUGUGAGAAGUGCCCCCAAGGAUUCUUCUCAUCCUCCUGCUCCAGCACAGAGCCGUGCAAGCCACACCAGAGCUGCUCACAGCAGGGGAAGGAGACUAAUGUCGUAGGAAACCAAUUCCAUGACACCCUGUGCACCACCUGCAAGAUGUUCAAGGGAAACGGAACCCAGGAGUCAGGAAAUGAGGACUGCGAACAAGCAGUGAUCGAUUUUGUGGUUUACCAGAACAUCCCGGUGAGAAAGCUGAAGCGCCUCCAGCAAAUCCUCGAGGGGCACCUAAAGGGGAUCCUCCACAAGGACACCAAGGCUGCCCUUCAGGAAAAGUUCCACACGUAUCUCACCCAGUUGAAGAAGGACCACUUGGAGCUCAUCAAAGUGCUGCUGGAUGCACUCCGGGCAGCGAAGCUGUAUACGCUGGAAGAGAUGGUGCGGAAACGUUUCUCCUUGGAGUUAGAAAAUUAACAGACUGUUUAGAGUUUUUGUUGUUUUUGGUUUUUGUCUAGCUUGAUUAAUUUAUUAACUUUCCACAAACUAACUCGAGGUGCACCUUGGAGAAGAUGAAUGGUGGGGUAGUGAAUGGUGAGUCUCUGACUCAUUCCUGAUCCUCUCCAUUCUGACAGCUGACCUCCUGUUCCAGUGUGUGCGCGCUGUCUGUCUAACCUGGCCGCAGGUGAAGUCUGUAAUACAGUCUGUGCCUCAGCUAUCAGAACUUCACUGCAAGUGGAGCUGGAUGAGAAUUCUGGGAGAAACUUGCACUUUAAAUAUUAACCUCCCCUCUGGGGAGCAGGGGUAGAUGAUGAUGUUACUUUAUCAGAAAUGAAAUGCAUAAGAUUCCAGAGAGAACACGCCAUAUCUCUUGACUGCACAAGGGUCCCUGUUGCCCUUCCUUGGGCGACUGUGCAGAGUUUUAAUUUUAAAGUGCAUCGUAUUUUUAAAACAAUAUUUAAAUAUUUCCUGGGGGAGGCUGCCUUUCACCUUCCAAUGUUAAGUUUCUUUCAAAGAGGGGUUUAUCACUGAGAGAUGAGUCAAGUAUAAGACGCCCCUGGGGUCACUGGUUACAGCCUCUUUUAAAUGUAUUUCUACAGUGCCUUGUUUUGUACAGUUUGUCAUGUUUGUUUGAUACGGAGAAAUGCAAAGAUGAUAUUUGCCUCAGA